AUGGUUACCGACAGAUGUACUACGUCAUCGCUUAUUUGCUACUUGUGUAUCACCUACCCACGAUACGUUGUCUUAUUCCAACUGCUCGUCUCACUGGAUUUGGCAUCCCAUUAUAUGCACAUGUACGCCUCAUUGAGCUCUGGAUCUACUAGCCACAAAAACGUUGGAUCUCGAUCCAAACUUUUGCAGCUUUACUACGAGAACAAUAAAGUCCUGUUCACUGUCUGCGCGGCAAACGAGCUCUUCUACGUGGGACUCUACUUAUAUAGUUUCCCAUUGAAGACCCCACCCAACCUUGGCUACUAUGGAUCAAUUCCCUUAAGUUACGCGACUCUGAUCUGCAUUUCAACCUUCCCACUGUGGUUACUCAAGCAAUGCCUCAAUGUCAUUCAAAUGGUCCAGGCUGCUCUCAAGCUUGCAGAAACAGAUGCUCAAGAGAAGAACAAGCUACUCAAAUCACAAUAA